AUGGCGGAGGGGGAGUUGGACGUCGACUCGCUGAUCGCCCGGCUAUUAGAGGGUGAGUUAAUCAAAGCCUUUAUAUUCUUUAUUUCAUAUUUCAAAUCAAGGCGCUGGCCAUUGCAUUGUGAUCUAAAACACUGUCCUUGUAGUGGUUAGUUUACAACAGGAGGCCGUGGUUCGAGGGAAGGAGCGCCCAGAGUUUGAGUGUAUAGGACUAGCCGUCAGUUAUCACAAACACAGGCACACCUAUGCGUUUAACAUCCCCUCUUUCUGCCACUAAUAUUUGCACUCUGCUGGAUGUUACAGUUGUAAAUCAAAGGUUACGGUUGCCGAUUAAAUAAUUUGAAAAUAAUUUCAUUCUAAAUAGUUACAAUCUGACAAAUGAUGAAUUUUGUUAAAUGUUUACAAAGUUGCAAAACUAAAGUGUUUGUUUGGAAUUAUAUACAGACUGUUACUGUCAGGCUGAAUUAAAGGAUAUAGGCUAUUUUAGGAAAACAAACGGAGUAUUGGGUCAAUAACCGCUCUACUCACCAGUGGUGGGAAAAGUACCCAAAUGUCAUACUUGAGUAAAAGUAAAGAUACCUUAAUAGAAAAUGACUCAAGUAAAGGUGAAAGUCACCCAGUAAAAUACUACUUGAGUAAAAGUCUAAAAGUAUUUGGUUUUAAAUAUACUUAAGUAUCAAAAGUAAAUGUAAUUGUUAAAAUAUACUUAAGUACCAAAAGUAAAAGUAUAAAUAAUUUCAAAUCAUACAGUGAGGGAAAAAAGUAUUUGAUCCCCUGCUGAUUUUGUAUGUUUGCCCACUGACAAAGACAUGAUCAGUCUAUACUUUUAAUGGUAGGUUUAUUUGAACAGUGAGAGACAGAAUAACAACAAAAAAUCCAGAAAAACGCAUGUCAAAAAUUUUAUAAAUUGAUUUGCAUUUUAAUGAGGGAAAUAAGUAUUUGACCCCUCUGCAAAACAUGACUUAGUACUUGGUGGCAAAACCCUUGUUGGCAAUCACAGAGGUCAGACGUUUCUUGUAGUUGGCCACCAGGUUUGCACACAUCUCAGGAGGGAUUUUGUCCCACUCCUCUUUGCAGAUCUUCUCCAAGUCAUUAAGGUUUCGAGCCUGACGUUUGGCAACUCGAACCUUCAGCUCCCUCCACAGAUUUUCUAUGGGAUUAAGGUCUGGAGACUGGCUAGGCCACUCCAGGACCUUAAUGUGCUUCUUCUUGAGCCACUCCUUUGUUGCCUUGGCUGUGUGUUUUGGGUCAUUGUCAUGCUGGAAUACCCACCCACGACCCAUUUUCAAUGCCCUGGCUGAGGGAAGGAGGUUCUCACCCAAGAUUUGACAGUACAUGGCCCCGUCCAUCGUCCCUUUGAUGCGGUGAAGUUGUCCUGUCCCCUUAGCAGAAAAACACCCCCAAAGCAUAAUGUUUCCACCUCCAUGUUUGACGGUGGGGAUGGUGUUCUUGGGGUCAUAGGCAGCAUUCCUCCUCCUCCAAACACGGCGAGAUGAGUUGAUGCCAAAGAGCUCGAUUUUGGUCUCAUCUGACCACAACACUUUCACCCAGUUCUCCUCUGAAUCAUUCAGAUGUUCACUGGCAAACUUCAGGCGGCCCUGUAUAUGUGCUUUCUUGAGCAGGGGGACCUUGAGGGCGCUGCAGGAUUUCAGUCCUUCACGGUGUAGUAUGUUACCAAUUGUUUUCUUGGUGACUAUGGUCCCAGCUGCCUUGAGAUCAUUGACAAGAUCCUCCCGUGUAGUUCUGGGCUGAUUCCUCACCGUUCUCAUGAUCAUUGCAACUCCACGAGGUGAGAUCUUGCAAGGAGCCCCAGGCCGAGGGAGAUUGACAGUUCUUUUGUGUUUCUUCCAUUUGCGAAUAAUCACACCAACUGUUGUCACCUUCUCACCAAGCUGCUUGGCGAUGGUCUUGUAGCCCAUUCCAGCCUUGUGUAGGUCUACAAUCUUGUCCCUGACAUCCUUGGAGAGCUCUUUGGUCUUGGCCAUGGUGGAGAGUUUGGAAUCUGAUUGAUUGAUUGCUUCUGUGGACAGGUGUCUUUCAUACAGGUAACAAGCUGAGAUUAGGAGCACUCACUUUAAGAGUGUGCUCCUAAUCUCAGCUCGUUACCUGUAUAAAAGACACCUGGGAGCCAGAAAUCUUUCUGAUUGAGAGGGGGUGAAAUACUUAUUUCCCUCAUUAAAAUGCAAAUCAAUUUAUAAAAUUUUUGACAUGCGUUUUUCUGGAUUUUUUGUUGUUAUUCUGUCUCUCACUGUUCAAAUAAACCUACCAUUAAAAUUAUAGACUGAUCAUUUCUUUGUCAGUGGGCAAACGUACAAAAUCAGCAGGGGAUCAAAUACUUUUUUCCCUCACUGUAUAUAAAGCAAACCAGAUGGCAUCAUUUUCUUGUUUUAUUUUAUUUAUGGAUAGCCAGGGACAUGCUCCAACAUUCAGACAUAAUUUACAAACCAAGCAUGUGCUUAUUGAGUCUGCUACAUCAGAGGCAGCAGGGAUGUUCUCUUGAUAAGUGUGUGAAUUAGGCCAUUUUCCUGUCCUGCUAAGCAUUCAAAAUAUAACGAGUACUUUUGGGUGUCAGGGAAAAUGUAUGGAGUAAAAAGUAUAUAAUUUUCUUUAGGAAUGUAGUGAAGUAAAAGUAAAAGUAGUCAAAAAUAUAAAUAGUAAAGUACAGAUACCCCAAAAAACUACUUAAGUAGUACUUUCAAGUAUUUUUACUUAAGUAGUUUACACUACUGCUACUCACAUAUGAUAAGAGGUAGAACCCCAAUCAAUCGAUAUAGAUAUCGAUUUGUUUUGAUGUGCAGAAAAGUGAACAGUCUAGCCUACAUAAUUAGGUAAGUUACUGUCUCUUUCUGAAGUAGCCUUCCUACUAAAAGGACAACAUAGAAGCAAACCACCAAAUAUCUUUUAAAAACGUAAUAAAAAAACGAACAAUUGUUGGACUUUUGAACUUGAUAUACCUAUCACCAUAUAAUGCUUAUAAUACACUGAAUAUACUCUGAGUCAGAUGCCUAGUAUUAUAUCGCUAAGGAAGUUGGGAAAUGACCUUAUGUAUAGUCAUCAUAAAGAAUUUAAGGAGGGUUGUGCUCUCCUUCUAGCAUGGCAAUGAUUUAGUACUAGCCACAGAGGGAUGGACAGGCUUCCCUGUUCACAAGUAGGCACUUUUCACACUGUAAGGUGCAUCAUAUCUACACAGAGUUUAAGUCUCAGCCAUUUGGAAAGUCCCUGUUUGUUCAGAAGGUUACAUUUUGGCAGUUCUUUCCUAAAGUUAAGAAGCUGAUUACUUAAACAUGGCAAAAAAAAUCGUAUUUUAUUCUAAGAUGUUGUAUUAUUAAUGCAACACAGCAUUAGAGUUUUAACCUUAAAGCUACUGCAUCAAUAAUAAUAUUCUUAAGUACUCCUGACCCGGUAGGUAACCUUUUUUCUUUCUUUCAAAGAAAGCCUAUUGUGCCCAUAGCCAGUGUUAUGAGCAGAGUUAGCUAGGGAUGAUGUCUCACUGAAGCAAGGCUAAAUAAGGGAUUUCCAGAUAGGUGUGGCUAUGUGCUCUUAUGAACGAAAGUCAAAGAUAGUGUUCUUCCUAUGUGUUUUGUAAACCUGUAUAUGGACCAAAGUACUGAUGUACAAACGUUGAAUACACACACAGAGACCAACAGAUGGACGGACACACACACACACACACGCACACGCACACGCACACACACAUACACACACGCACACACAUUUAGUGGAAUGUAGUCUCUGGACAAACAGAGAGAGAGUGAGAGAGCCAGUAGUGGAGAGGAUGGAUGUCUGCAGAACAGAGCCAGUUGUGCCCAGAGACUGAGCCAGAGGCAGGCUGCAUUUUUGGCCAAGCACUCCGUAGCACUGAGGAAACUCCGAUGGGGAAAUUGGCCUGAUCUGGUCCUAAAGGCUUCCAGGUCUGUGUGUGUGUGUCCCACCAGAGACCUAGCAGGAGGACAAUUAGGAGAGCUAACUUCAUGCACUACUGCUGGCCCACUUUCUCUCCUGCUGGCAGGAAAAACACUGUCAAGCCAUAAAGGUGCAAUCCGCAGUUCAAACUACAACAACUCGGUCACCCUGCCACUGUUUUGGUAAACAGCUGAGGGAUGGGGCUGGAUAAAUGUAACCACUCUUAAAUUCAUAGACGGAGCUAUGGAUGUAAGGACUGAACGUCCAUGAUGUCAAAAUUAUAGUUUCAACCAUGUUUUGAGGCUAUACAGUGUUUGUUUACCAUUACAUUGUUUUCAAACCAGUUCAUACAUUGGGUUAUGAUGGAGUAUAACAGUUGAACUAAGCUCUUGAGGCAUUUAUAAGUCCUAUUCUUCAAGAAUCAAUGGGUAUUUAUCAUUAAUUUAAACGUCUAAAAAUGGAUGUACCAAUAGCAGAUUACCCCUUUUUAAUAGGGGUGCAAUCAAAAAGUUGGGCCAUGGAUAGACCCUCAUCACACACACACACACACACACACACACACACACACAUAUACACACACACACCUAAUGAACACGUCCCAGGGUUGGAGGUUCCGGGUUACUCCCUCAAAUCGUGGCCUCACCUCUUUAACGUGAGCCCUAGUGCCCCUCAGCUUCCCUCCUCCCAACCCCCCUCUGAUCCCUCAUUAAAUGUAAACAGACGCAGCUGUCCCCCUCUGAGGAAUUACCCACACACCCCUUCUGGUGACACAAACAGAAACACACAGCAGCAGCAUACUGCACAGUUUUGGAAAUUGCCUCUUAUGCUUCACAUCUGUUGUUCUCUUUCUUCUUUAUCUCUCUCACAUAUACCCACUUCUAUCAAUCUCUCUCUCUCUCUCUCGCUCUCUCUCUCUCUCUCUCACACACACACACAUAUACCCACUUCUAUCAAUCUGGCUCUCUCUCUCUGUCUCUCUCUCUCUCACACACACAUAUACCCACUUCUAUAUGUCUCUGUCUCUGUCUGUCUGUCUCUCGCUCUCGCUCUCGCUCUCUCUCUCUCGCUCUCUCGCUCUCUCUCUCUCUCUCUCUCUCACACACACACACACAUAUACCCACUUCUAUCUCUCUCUCUCUCUCUCUCUCUCUCUCUCUCUCUCUCUCUCUCUCUCACACACAUAUAUACCCACUUCUAUCUACCCCUCUCUCUCUCUCUCUCUCUCUCUCUCUCUCUCACAUAUACCCACUUCUAUCUACCUCAACAAGAUUCAACAACUGAGACAUAAACUGAACAAGUUCCACAGACAUGUGACUAACAGAAAUGGAAUAAUGUGUCCCUGAACAAAGGAGGGUCAAAAUCAAAAGUAACAGUAAGUAUCUGGUGUGGCCGUCAGCUGCAUUAAGUACUGCAGUGCAUCUCCUCCUCAUGGACUUCACCAGAUUUGCCAGUUCUUGCUGUGAGAUGUUACCCCACUCUUCCACCAAGGCACCUGCAAGUUCCCAGACAUUUCUGGGGGGAAUGGCCCUCACCCUCCGAUCCAACAGGUCCCAGACGUGCUCAAUGGGAUUGAGAUCCGGGCUCUUCGCUGGCCAUGGCAGAACACUGACAUUCCUGUCUUGCAGGAAAUCACGCACAGAACGAGCAGUAUGGCUGGUGGUAUUGUCAUGCUGGAGGGUUAUGUCAGGAUGAGCCUGCAGGAAGGGUACCACACGAGGGAGGAUGAUGUCUUCCCUGUAACGCACAGCAUUGAGAUUGCCUGCAAUGACAACAAGCUCAGUCCGAUGAUGCUGUGACACACCGCCCCAGACCAUGACGGACCCUCCACCUCCAAAAUGAUCCCGCUCCAGAGUACAGGCCUUGGUUUAACGCUCAUUCCUUCGACGAUAAACACAAAUCCGACCAUCAUUUUGGCGAAAACCAAACUCUGCAUUCCACAGUAAGAACAUCAUACCAAAGGUCAAGCAUGGUGGUGGUGGUGUGAUGGUUUGGGGAUGCUUUGCUGCCUCAGGACCUGGACGACUUGCCUUAAUAGAAGGAACCAUGAAUUCUGCUCUGUAUCAGAGAAUUCUACAGGAGAAUGUCAGACCAUCCGUCUGUGAGCUGAAGCUGAAGCGCAGCUGGGUCAUGCAGCAAGACAAUGAUCCAAAACACACAAUCAAGACUACAUGAAAAUUGCUAAAAAGCAACAAAUUGGAAGUUUUGGAAUGGCGUAGUCAAAGUCCAGACCUAAUCCCAAUUGAGAUGAUGUGGCAGGACUUGAAAUGAGCAGUUCAUGCUUGAAAACCCACACAUCACUGAGUUAAAGCAGUUCUGCAUGGAAGAGUGGCCCAAAAUUCCUCCACAGCGACAUGAGAGACUGAUCAACAACUACAGGAAGCAUUUGGUUGGAGUCAUUGCAGCUAAAGGUGGCACAACCAGUUAUUGAGUGUAAGGGGGCAAUUACUUUUUCACACAGGGGAAUUGGGUGUUGCAUAACUUUGUUUAUGAAAUAAAUAUGUAGUUGUUGUGUUAUUUGUUCACUUAUGUUCCCUUUAUCUAAUAUUAGGUUUUGGUUGAAGAUCUGAUAACAUUCAGUAUCACAAAUAUGCAAAAGUAGAGAAAAUUAGAAAGGGGGCAAAUACUUUUUCAUAGCUCUGUAUAUCUAUCUAUCCAUCUCAUCGACAGACAGACAGACAGACAGACAGACAGACAGACACAUUGUGGUUUGUUGAUGGUGACAGGCAAUAGGCAAGAGCAGGGGGAGCCUGUCUUUCUACUGCAUAGCUGCCUAGCUGAUCUAGUGACAAGAGUAUUGUCUGCUCUCCCUCCUGUUUUAUGACUAGAGAAAGACUUCUGGCCCUAUUAUGUGGAGGUGAAGAAAGCCACAGGAGCAAUUUAACAAUACUUUAAGAUAAGCUACUUUGCUCUCUGUCUGUGUGUUUCUGUCUGUCUGUGCAUGUCUGUGUGUUUCUGUCUGUCACAGGAGGUUGGUGGCACCUUAAUUGGGGAGGACGGGCUCGUAGUAAUGACUGGAGCGGAAUCAGUGGAAUGAUAUAAAAUACAUCAAACACGUGAUUUCCAACCUCGGUUCUAAGACCACAGGCAUGGGACUGUUCCCGCCAUUAUUAUAAGCCGUCCUCCGGCGUUGUCUGUGCUUCUUCUCAAGCGCGUGUGUGCUUCUUCGUGAGGCCGUGUGUGCUUCUAUGUGUGUGUGAUGAACUGUUUACAUCAGUCCCAUGCCUGUGGUCUUUGAUGUCACGGCCACACACACAAGAACCGAGGUUGUUUGACAUUUGUUCCAUCUGCUUUACUGUCAGUCUGUCCCUAAGCCACUGGCCUCCAACAGUAUAGUACGAUCUUCUGAUAGAUGGACUCUCUAUCUCUCAGGGGGUCUCUCUCAUUCUCCAUACCAUACAUAUACAUUAUAUUCUCUUGUCACACUCUGUUCUAUCUGUGUUAUUUAGUGCCUAGUUUUGUACAGGAACGUGAGCAUGAAAGCAAGUAAUUGGAAUUCCAGCCAUUGGUGCAUGCCUGCUAGGAAAGCAUAUCCGAGGACAAAAUGUAAUUGAGCAGUUUCCUAUACCACCAGUUUCCUAUACCACCAGUUUCCUAUACCACCAGUUUCCUAUACCACUAGUUUCCUAUACCACCAUUAAUUUUCAUCUUGUGUGUUUUUAUGUUUGUUUCAGUUUUACAUCUCCCCCUCUCUUCUUCUCGUUAGCUUUAUUAGUAUGUGUGUAAUAUGCAAGGGAGCCAGCACUAACUGUUCCACUGCAUGUCUCUCUCUCUCUCUCUCUCUCUCUCUCUCCCCAUCUCUCUCUAGCCCCCAUCUCUCUCUCGCCCCCAUCUCUCUCUCGCCCCCAUCUCUCUCUCUGUAUGCCCACAUGCCCUAGCUUACCAACAACAUCCCAACAGCAGCCUCUCUGUCUCGUUGCCAUCACAGGUGGUUUUUUAUAGGGCACAAACAACACCAUUUCGCCAUACAUGAGCAUGGCAACCUGCAGUUAGAGCUGGAGUCAUUUUGUGUUAUUCUUGUUUACAGGGUAUUAGAGGGGCGUUUUUCUAUUCAUUAAGUGAACUGAGUUGAGUUGAUAGAGCCUUCACUGUGGGGCACAGUGCAGCUAUGGGCUAUGACCCAAAUGGCACCACAUUCCUUAUAUAGUGCAGCACUUUUGACCAGAGCCCAUAGGGUGCCAUUUGGGAUGCAGCCAUGCUGUUUGGGUCAUUCUAAAUGAACCAAAACCUACUUGAGAUCCUUACUUACUUGUAAUCUUGCGUUGAUGUCAAUGGAAGAUCUACAUGAAAAUGUACGCAUAUAAAUUACACUCAUGGAUCACAAGUUGUGUCCAAAUCCAUUACUAAACUGAGCACAGUACAGUACAGUAUACAGAGUAUAGCUAUGUUUCUUUAGGUGUUGUUAUUUUUGUUGAUGGGUAUGAUGGUGCUCUCUGUGAAGGGGUAGAGGAUGGAUUGAUGUUGAGCAAUGACAGCGAGGGUGGCGCUCCACUGUUAUGGAAACAACAAUGGGGGUGCCUGUGUGUGUGGCCCGGGGCGGGCAGCGCGGAGCGUCUCCCCCUGGCACCAGCCAUGGAACAGCACUGGGCUCAUGGAGGCUUUUCAGCUCGAGAGCUUUUCAGAUAAACUGCUCUCAUUCUCUAAUCUCUCUCUCCCUCUGGCACACAUGCUUUUUCUCGCUCGCUCUCUCUCUCGCUCUUCAUCCAUCACUCUCUCUCUUUCUCUAUUUUCUCUCCCUCUCCCCUGUUACUUUCUUUUGCUCCACAAUGACGGCCAUUCACCACGACACUUCACCAAUAACAAAGUGCUCUGAAGAAAAACUAAGGAGAACAAAAUGUCUGAAAUGCCAUGGAAGGCAGUUGGGAUUUCUGCUUGACAUUCUCUCCUGUUCUCGGACCCGGAGUCGAGCCACUGCGUGUCCACUGUGGGGCCAUUGUUUUCCAUCCCCUGUGUGUGGGAGAGAGGGAUGGAGGAGGUAUGACGGGAGUGGAUGGGGGCAGCUGAGCCAGCCUGGCCUGGUGCCCAAUGGGAGAAAGCGAGAUGCAUGACAACAACAAAGUAGAAUGGAGAUGGAUACUGUUGAAAGGUCACAAAGGCUAUUACCAUAGUUGAGCCGUUACACCUGUGGUGGUCCCGAAAAAGCUGCUUGAAAUUCAGGAGUUUUGUUAACUCGUGUGAAGAGACUGCAAUGUUUUUGUGGAGACUUUAAACCUUGAUUGGAUGUACAAAAAGCAAAUAUAUUUAAUCCGACAAUUUAUCUGUUAAAACCACACUAAAAAGCAUUCCCAGUCAAUGUGGUAUGUCAGUGUGACAUCAGUCUGAGUUGCCCUUGCUGCCACAUAGUGAAUGGGCUGACAUUGUGAAUGGCUGACUGCAGCUGACAGGGAAUGUAUUGUUAUGGGCCUCCGUCAUCAUGGCUGCCAGUGGGGUGAGUUGUUGUUGUUCUUGUCAGAUGUUGUUAAUUGAACAUGGCUAGCUAGUAGCUACAGGGCCGUAGCUACAUACGAGGACACCGAGGUCCGGACCUCUGUAAUUUAUUUGAAUGAAAUCAAAUACAAUUUGGGAACUGAGUUGGGGUCUCAACUUACUGUUGCGAGGUAGAAUAGUAGAAUACACGAGGUGAAAUUUCUAACCUUGGUUGUGCAUCAGCAGUUUUCCUCUUGUUAUAGUAUGUCACUCACUGACAGUCACUCAAUUAGCCCAUGUCAGUAAAAAAUGUUUUUUAGAUAGCUGGCUAGACUAACUAGACUAAUCUUAACUUGUAGUAAUCAUGGCCCAAUUACCAGCCAGGCACACAGGGCACGUGCCCAGGGGCCCUGACCUCCAGGGGGCCCCCAUUUGAUUUUCUUAGUCACUCUCACUUAGAUAUUAUAUUACUGUAACUUGGCAUAAGUCAUGGCAAAAUGUGUAGAAUUGCAGGAAAUGAGUUGUAAAACUACAACAACAAAAAGUUAUGUAAAGCAAAUGUAUUUGUUUACCUUUUGUUUAUAAAAUACUUGUUCUGCGAACAAAGCCCUCUGUACGUAUUAAAUUAUAGCUUUUAAUCCCAGUGCUGAGUUAAUGUUUAGCGGCUAACUGUAUAGCUAAUAGGCUAUGACCGCUAUGUGUUUGUAGAUCGACUGGCGUGAAUGAAGCUACAGCAACUAAUGUGAUAAUGGCUGGGGUCAUCUUUGCUUGUUUUUGCUGUUCUCCUCCAGACCUCACUAAAACCCAGACCCUGGCUACAGCCAGCCUAGCUAGUGCACUUAGCAUCAGUUGGUCGUGGCUGAAGACUUUUGAAGUGCUCUCCCUCAGUCCUCAUUCGUCUUGAGUGAUUACUUCCUACUUCCUCUCCUCCGAAACAGCACCCAUAUAUGGUAAUGCUGGGAGAAGCACGGUCUGACUGUGAUUCAGUUUCUCUCUCCUUCUAUGCUCUUUUCAAUGAAUGGAAAACUUCUCAACCCACCUGACCCCUUUCCUAAAUAAAACACAGCCAAGGAAGCGAAAAAGAUGACUGCUAAAUAGGCUACAAGUUGCCCUAUAACUAACCACAAGACUACCUUUGUGUUGUCUAGAAUACAACAACAUACAUACACAAACUGAAAAUACAAUCCCCCCCACAAAUGUUUAUUAAGUCUUCCAUGUUCCAAAUGUUGUUUAAUUGCAUAAAACCACCCCUUUUUAAGAUAAAUCCCUAAAGGUAUAUUUUACCCACUAGACAGCCUUGCAUUACUUACAUUUACAUUUACGUCAUUUAGCAGACGCUCUUAUCCAGAAUAACUUAUUACUUGCUAAAUGUGAAAAUGUUGGCCGUUGUCCAAACACUAAAAACACAAGGCAACAAUAACAGGGCAAAUGUAAUGAAAAAUUAUCUCUAACUCCAAUGCCUUCAGCCCUGUCUCUGAAUAACAGCGCUCUCUGCUCUAAGCUGCUUAGAUAUGUACCCUGCUUUAGUUUCCCUCUCCACACUGUCCUUUUUAGGCUCAUCAUCUACCAUGGAUCGCUUUGUGAUGCAACUCUCUCUGGUUGGGUUUGUUACAUCAGGAUGUAGUGUAGGAACGUGACUGACUCCUCUCCUUUUUGGCCCAGACAAGACAAGCUAGCCCUCAGGAGGUUUUCUGCUGUGUUGUGUUGUGUGUGUGUCUGUGCUCUGUGUCCCAGCUAGCACAUUUUGUUCCUUGGAAGUUGUGGAAAUGUAUGUUUUUGGUUUGACGUUGGUUGUAGGAAUGAAGCCACAAUUUGAGAAACGCUAUGCUGAACUACUGAAAUUCCCACAGCAGAAUGUUGUUUCUUAAUGUUCAUGGAACAAUUUGAGAACAUAACUUUAAAUAGAACCAUGAAAAAACCUGUAGGAAACGUUAUGAGGUACUGAAAUUCCCACAGAAGAACGUUGUUUCUUAAUGUUCAUGGAACAAUUUGAGAACAUAACUUUAAAUAGAACCAUGAAAAAACCUGUAGGAAGCGUUAUGCUGAAGUACUGAAAUUACCACAGAAGAACGUUGUUUCUAUGUUGCAGCUAUCCUGCAUCAUUCCCAGAAAGUUGUGGGAAGAUUGUAUGCAAUAUAAGUAUAGGACAUAUGCUUCUCAGAACAUUAUGCGCUAGCUGGGGGGGGUGUGUGUACACUAAGUGUGUGUGUACUGUGUUGUGUGUGUGUGUAUGCAUAGGCCGUGUGGAAUGUUGUGUGUCUCAGGGGAGGGGCAGUGCCAGGCUGUCCUUUGAAGUCACACACAGUUCACAGACAGAUACAAGAUAGAAGGUGAGGGGGGGUGGAAGGACCACCUAGCUAGCACAUUUGGUUCCUUGGAAGUUGUGGGAAUGUACGUUUUUGGUUUCCCGUUGGUUCUGGGAACGAAGCCAUAAGUUUCCUGACCGGUAAAACAGAACAUUUUUUAAAUGUUCUGAGAACGGAAUUGAAAAUGUUGCCUGUUCUGGAAACGUCCAUUUUUAGGUUGCAGGGAGAUUCCGAGAACCUUUUUACUAUGGUUCCCUGAAAGUUUUCCUUGGAGGUUUUAUUAACGUUCUGAGAAUGGAAAUUAUAGGUUAUUUUGAGGUUUUUGAAUAACUUCCUUAACUUUCAAUAACACUUUUAAUAACACUGCUAGCUUAGUUUGGGUUAACUGUUUUGAACUCCAAGCACAUAGGACACAUGGAAAUACAUUUUCUUGGACAUUAAUGCAAACACAUUUAUUUUUAUUAUGGCAGGGCGUCAGUGAGAUUUGAACCUGAUUUUCUGUUCUCUAUCCAUAGAAUUAGUCCACUGCACCACCAUUUUAGUCUAUUCAAACAGACCCCAUUUCAAAGAAAACAAGAACUCAUUAAGGUCAGGCGUGGCCAAUUAGUGGACGCGGCCAACACACCUGAACACACUUAACAAAAUAGAGGAUAGAGAGAGUUUUGUUGACGAAUGGAAUGUUUUUAAAUAACAUUUUUAGAACGUUCUUAGAACGUUACAAAUGUUUUCUUGUGGUUUUUAUGGAACGUUUUCUUAAUGUUCUGAGAACAUGACUUUAAAUAGAACCUUGAGGAAACCUGUAAGAAUUGUUAUGAAGUACUGAAAUUCCCACAGAAGAACAUUGUUUGUUAACGUUCUCUGAACUAUUUGAGAACAUUCCCAAUGUCAAACCAGUUGGAAAACAGUAAUGAAAUACCAAGAAAAUAACAUUAUUUUAUCAAGUUCCUUUAAAUGUGCUGAGAAUGUUUCAAAUCCAAGCAACUAUCCUGCACCAUUCCCAGAUUGUUGUGGGAAGGUUGAAUGCAAAAUAACCUUAGGACAACCAUGCUCUCACCAAGCUCUAAGAAACAUAUGGUUCUCAGAACGUUAUGCGCUAGCUGGGCAGGAUUCCACAGCUUUUAGAAGAACCAUAAGAUAAAUAGAGAGAGGGAGAAAGGGGGAAAGAAGAGGAGAGGAUAGAAGAAGAGGGUCUGGAUGGGAGAGAUGCAUAGCAGUGAUCUGAUCUGGCAGAGGGAAGAGUGCAGGCCACUGGAAAGGACAUUUUGUACUGGCAUAGGAAGGGUCAGGUUGUGUACCCCUAUUCUCCUCUGACCCCCCUUUGCAGUCUGUACGUGUGGGUACACACACACACACACUGUCAGAACAUGGCCAAAUUAGGAGUGAUGAAUUGGAUGUUGGAGUGAGAGGUUCCCUUUUCAAACAAAACCAAAGUAAAACCUAACUUGUAACCCAUACCAACCUCUCAUACAAAGCAAUAGAAAUCCACAAAACACUUCAAUGUCUUUUCAACUCAAGCACAUUUGACAAAAUUACAGUUUAUUCUAUAGGGCUCUGGCUCAUUUUGACUCGGCGCAACCGAACAAGUGGUGACGCCUAUUCAUAAACAUCCUGGCCCUAGGGUGUGCUGUUGUAGUCUGCUCACCACGUCAGUCAGUGGCCAUGACAUGACACAUUAGUAUUCACACCAUGGAGUAGGUGGAGUGGAGCUCUGCCUUCAGCUAGCAACCAACGCUCAUCAACAUCUUGCCUCGCAGAUGACCUGCCUGGUGUGUUGCCAUGGUGACUGCCUGUGGUACCACCCCUCGCCGUCGAACGCUGCAGUGCAGAGAAAAGGGGCAGGGUUAGUGGAUUGAUACCUCCCAUGAAUCCUCCAGUGGUUGCAUCUGAAGUCAAGGUCACAAGACUGUGGGUGGCAGGCAGCAGUGUGUGUGUGUGUGUGUGUGUGUGUGUGUAUGUGUACGUGUCAGUGUACAUGUCUUUCUUUCUGUGUGUGUGUGUGUGUGUUUUACAAUGAUGUGUACAUGUGUGUGCGCACAUCUUUGUGUGUUGUGGAUGUGUGUGUGUGUGUGUGUGUGUGCGUGUAAAGCACAUUGUCUUGUGCCUUGUAAUUCCGUUACCAAAAACCCACAUAUCUUUAAGAUAUUUUCUAAUUUCUCUCCAUCAUGAGGAGGGAGGAUGAUGAAAGUUCACAGAAGUAACAAGUAAAGGUAGACCUACCAAUUAGGUAUAUUGUUUUUGUUUAUUGAUUAUUAAGUUAUUAAAACUCAUAGUUCUGUUACCAAAUCAGUAACGAAAUUACUGCAAUUGAAAUUGGCUACAAUGGGAAAUCAUAGUAGUCACAAACUACAGUUGGGUCACCUGCUACUGUCCUCCCUUCCACUGGCAUACUGUUCAGCUCAUAACUGUCUUUCUGUCGUCAAAGCAAGACUGUGAAAACAGUCUGGACAACCCCUCCUUCUCACUUUCGCUCUCUCUCUCUUUCUCUUUGCCGCUCUCUCUCUCUCUCUCUUCUAUUUCUCUCCAGUUAAUGUCACCUCUCCCGGCUCUUACUGACACCUACCAUGACACUUACCACCUACACUCUUAGAAAAAAUGGUUCCAAAAGGAUUAUUUGGCUGUCCCCAUAGGACAGGGGUGUCAAACUCAUUCCAUGGAGGGCCUAAUGUCUGCUGGUUUUGUUUUUUCAGACCUAGACAACCAGGGGAGGGAAGUUCCUUACUAAUCAGUGACCUUAAUUCAUCAAUCAAGUCCAAGGGAGGAGCAAAAACCUGCAGACACUCGGCCCUCUGUGGAAUGAGUUUGACACGUGCCAUAGAAGAACCCUUUGUGGUUCCAACUAGAACCAUUUUGGGUUCCAUGCAUAACCCUCUGUGGAAAGGUAGCACCUUUCUAAGAGUGUACCCUCUUUCCAUUUACUGUAACAAGCAUCCUCACCCACUGAGCACCGACCCACAACGGACGUCCAUGGACUCUGAAAAGUAGGAGAAAUUUGGUCAGUCUGCCCUGGCCGGACCAAAUCUGAGCCAAUCAUAGACGUCUGUUUCACAAGUUUGGACAGCACAGUAGAGAACAGUAGAGAACAGUAGAGUACAGUAGAGCACAGUACAGCUGGCCUAUCAGCUAGAGCGUUGAGCCAGUAACCGAAAGGUUGCCAGUUCGAAUUCCCGAGCCGACAAGGUGAAAAAUGUGUUGUUCUGCCCUUGAGUAAGGCAGUUAACCCUCCUCAACAACAGCUCCCCGGAUGACCAACGUGUCAGCCCCCUGCACCUCUCCGAUUCAGAGGGGUUGGGUUAAAAGCGGAAGUCAGGUUUUGGUUGGACCUUGUGUGCAAUUGACGAUACAAAUAAAUGUAAUCCUUUACAGAACAGUAAAGUAGAGUACAAUAUUGUAGACUCUUGAGCACACUAGAGUACAGUAUACCGUACUCUAUUGUACUGUAAUCUACUGUACUGAACAUAUCUACUUUACUGUACUGUACAGAACUCCACUACUCUACUGUGCUGUACUGUGAUGUCCAAACUUGUGAAACAUAGAUGUCUAUGAUUUGGUUCAGAUUUAGUCUGGUCCGGACCAACCAAAUGUGGUCUUGUUUGGGGGCGGAUUACAAUAACAGCCAGUGUGUACAAUAAUACCCAAAUAUGCAAAAGAAGGAUAUUGCAUAUCACCAUGAAGAGAAUUAUAUUAAUAUCUGUAAUUAUGCAUUUCUGCAUCAAGGAUGCAAUUAUGCACCAGGGACCCAUGAUGUAAUUCCGUUACCGGAUGUAAAUCCACUUUACCAACUUUAGUUCAAUAACCAAAAUAAAACAAAUUCUACUCAAGGUGUCAUGUCAUAGCUGACACCCCAUUCUUCCUGCAGACAUAUUUGAAUCUUAAUUUGGAGCAGAUAUUUAAGAGUUUUUGGAAAACGUGGUCACAUAAAAAACAGAAGGCGAUUUAACCGUAAUUCUGUUUCCAAACUUUGCAUCUGCACAGUUCUUCCAGAAAUUGUUUUUGUUACAUUUUCUGUGUAAAUCGUUCAAAGUAGUCCUUGCCUUAUGCAUAGAGUUGUAUGGUUUGUUAAACUAUGAAAAUCAAUGGUUUUUGUUUGGCAGACAUUUUAAAGUGAGAAAUCUGAGUCAAAGCGUAAUUCCAUUACUGUGGAAUUGCCCUGUAGCUUCGGCUGCGAGUGUGUAUGUCUGUCAUGUAGACCUUUCCAUUACGUGUAAGGCGAUCCACUCCAGUCCAGUGUUGUGGUGGCCGGCUGUGGUAUCUGUGUUGAUGCUCUCCUCUCCUAUGUUGGGACUCCCAGUCGCUUCUCUGCAAACACCUCACGACUGGUCUGAGGGGGAGAGGUGGAGGGGGUGUGUGGAGGGUCUGAGGACAACACACACAGAGACAUGCACACACCCCGCUGACCCCAGCCUCGUCAGGUUUCAUCCUCACUGGAGUGUGUGUGUGUGUGUGUGUGUGUGUGUGCUGGAAGUCGGACGGUGUUGUCUAUAUUUCUGAGUAUGACUAUAUUUUCUGAUAGAGACCCCUCUCUAGAUCACCUACUAGGAGGGCAGACUGUUCAAUAGGAAGGCUAGGUCCACUUAGGUCUACCUCCUGGCCUCAAGGUAUAUGACUCUCUUUGGGAUGCUAGAAUGUGUUUAGAUGUGUUUAGAUAACGUUCUCCUGUGGGUUUGGAGGAGAAGAGGGAAUGUUUAUACAGCUUGAUUAAGGUCUCGGUGCAGAAAUAGCCAGGUCACACAAAGUACCAGUCGAUUUGAAUUCAAUCACUUUUUGACAGCAUCCCUUUUCAUUUAUAGAAAACUUUCCAUACAUGUUUGCCCGUGGAAGAAGUGGUAAAAAAUUGACUUUUUGGACCUGAAUUCCAAAACAUUCAGGAGAUAAAGGUGCUUGAAGUUGACCCAUUUUGUAUACCCCAACAUACCAUGAGACAUGAAUGUCUUUAUCACUGGAAAGGAUAAAUGGUUGAGUUUGAUAUCAUUUAAAAGCUUACAAACAGGGUUGUCAAACUAUUUUAUACAUUUUGAAAACAUGUUUUUUAAUAAAAAAUUAUGACUUUUUAUUAACCUUUAAUGUCAAUCCAGGCUCUGUCGCAGCCGGCAGCGACCGGGAGACUCAUGGGCGGCGCACAAUUGGCCCAGCGUUGUCCAGGGUAGGGGAGGGAAUGGCCGGCAGGGAUGUAGCUCAGUUGAUAGAGCAUGGCGUUUGCAAUGCCAGGGUUGUGGGUUCGAUUCCCACGGGGGGCCAGUAUAAAAAAAAAAUAUAUAUGUAUUCACUAACUGUAAGUCGCUCUGGAUAAGAGCGUCUGCUAAAUGACUAAAAUGUAAAAUGUAAAUGUAAUUAUCUAAAAGCUCGUGAACUCAGUUUAUUUCCUUCAUAUUCGCAAAUGUUGUAGUUUAAACCCUACUUUACAUCAUCUGUGGUUUUUGUGUUGAGCCUGCCAUCGUUUGAGACACAAAAUGCUCUUGAAUACAGGGUGGGUGUCAUUUCAAUCAUAUAAAUAUAAAGCAUAGAAUGGACAUAUCCCAUCAAACCACAGCAAUUUAGCUGGUACACCAUUUACAUUUUAAUUUAAUUUAAAUUUGAAAUUUAAAUUUCUACACCGGUCCUCCCACCGUCGAAUGUCAACUUAAAUGGUCAUGUCCAUUCUAUUAUCUAUAUUUCUAUAGGUUUCCUAUAGAGGAUUGACAGUAUAAUUUAAAACAACUGAUAUUCUCUGAGUUGAAAUUUAAAUUUGAUUCCCAUUUUAGUACAUCUAUCAGCCAAAACAUGACACCCACCCUGUAUUCAAGAGCAUGUUUUGUCUCAACCGUUUGGCGGGCACAACACAAAAACCUCAGUUUUUUUCUCAUAUUUUUAGAUAAUUAACGUUGAAAGCAACACAUUUUUACAGGAUUUAUCUAUUUUAAUUAAAUAAAUUAUAAAAUAAUUUUACAACCCUGUUUGUAAGCUUUUAAAUGAUAUCAAUCUCAACAGUUUAUCACUUUCUGUGCACUUCUACAACGGGCAAAUAUGUAUGGAAGGUUUCAUUCAAAUCAAAUGGAUUUACCCCAGUGCUACGGGUCGGGUGCUAGGCAGUGGCUCAGUCAUUUCUAGGAAUCUCUGGUUCUCUGGCUCAUGCCUGAUCUGUAGUCUGUCAUUAAAUGGGCGGCAAUGAAACUGCUAAAUGGUGUACAUGCUUACGGAUAUGGCAACUAAUCCAGUGUGCAUGACUUUGGCAAUCUGCAAUCUACAUCUGCAAUGUACAAUUUUUUGAAUAUUUUGUGCUUUUUUCCUCCAAAAUGCAUGCAAUGAAAACCCUUUCUCGUAGUUAUAACUGAAGAAACCUAGUUUGCUCAAAUCUAUGAUGAAUUGUGCCCAUUGUUCACAAUUGACUUUUUCAUUUGGAAUACUUUAGGGCCACCUGUGUCUACAUAUAGCUACCUAAAUGAAUGUGACCCAAUUAUGUCAUGUUAAAUAACAACAACAACCACAGCCAGUGCUGUUUUACUGUUACAGUAGGCCUACCUGUAGCUAACAUAGUGUGAGAAAAGGCACUUACUGUACACAGUCCCAGCCCUGCCCCAGUUAUUUUGAAUGGCUGUCAUUGUGCGGGAAAAUAGACUAUCAGUCUAUUUGGACCGCUGUGUUGACACAACCCAGGCCCUCAUAUUUACCCUGUUUGGCUUUUUCAUGAAAACCUCACCCUUGGGACACUGGGCCGGACUGACUCGCCAUGUGUUCCUGUUGUGGUUAUAAACACAGAUUUGAAAAAUGUGAAAAGGAAGUAGGGGUGGGUGCUUGGGGGUAGUAGGCGGUACCUGCUUACUAGUGUGUUGUGCCUGCGCUCCUAACCUGAACUGGACUACCCCACUCCAGUUAUCACUUCAGGCAGGCCUCGGUAGUACUGAAUUUUUUUAAUGUAUUUUUAUUUCACCUUUAUUUAACCAGGUAAGCCAGUUGAGAACAAGUUCUCAUUUACAACUGUGACCUGGCCAAGAUAAAGCAAAGCAGUGCGAUAACAACAACAACACAGAGUUACAUAUGGAAUAAACAAAAACGUACAGUCAAUAACACAAUAAGCAUAUCCCAGUUUAGGUCACCAAGCAGUACGAACUCUUAGGAUAGAUGGGGGGCAAGCAAUUCACAUAUGGUGUGCAGGGCACAACUGGGAGCUGAGGGGGGUCUGUAGCAAGCGGCAACAGUGAGAAACGUAUUUCUGGAAAGGUGGAUUUUUAGAAGUAGAAGCUCAAACUGUUUGGGCACAGACCUGGAUAGUAUGAUAGAGCUCAGCUGGUAGAGCACGGCGCUUGUAACACCAAGGUAGUGGGUUUGAUCCCCGGGACCACCCAUACGCAAAAAAAUUUUUUUAUAUACGCUUGACUGUAAGUCGUUUUGGAUAAAAGAGUCUGCUAAAUGGCAUAUUAUAUUAUUAUUAUAUCUCUACAGUAGAUUGCAACUCCGCCCCCUUUGGCAGUUCUCUCUAGACGGUAAAUGUUGUAGUUCGGGAUGGACAUUUCUGAAUUUUUGGUGGCCUUCCUAAGCCAGGAUUCAGACACUGCUAGAACAUCAGGGUUGGCAGAGUGUGCUAACACAGUGAAUAACUACAACUAUUAUCACGCUGACUUCUGAGAAGCCCAAAAAGAACACUGUCACAUAGAAUGUACAGUUGAAGUCGGAAGUUUACAUACACUCGUUUUUCAACCACUCCACAAAUGUAUUUUUAACAAACUAUAGUUUUGCCAAGUCGGUUAGGACAUCUACUUUGUGCAUGACACAAGUCAUUUUUCCAACAAUUGUUUACAGACAGAUUAUUUCACUUAUAAUUCACUGUAUCACAAUUUCAGUGGGUCAGAAGUUUACAUACGCUAUGUUGACUGUGCCUUUAGACAGCUUGGAAAAUUUCAGAAAAUGAUGUCAUGGCUUUAGAAGCUUCUGUUGGGCUAAUUGACAUAAUUUGAGUCAAUUGGAGGUGUACCUGUGGAUGUAUUUCAAGGCCUACCUUCAAACUCAGUGCCUCUUUGCUUGACAUCAUGGGAAAAUCAAAAGAAAUCAGCCAAGACCUCAAAGAAAAUUGUAGACGUCCACAAGUCUGGUUCAUCCUUGGGAGCAAUUUCCAAACGCCUGAAGGUACCACGUUCAUCUGUACAAACAAUAGAACGCAAGUAUAAAUACCAUGGGACCACGCAGCCGUCAUACCGCUCAGGAAGGAGACGCGCUCUGUCUCCUAGAGAUGAACGUACUUUGGUGCGAAAAGUGCAAAUCAAUCCCAGAACAACGGCAAAGGACCUUGUGAAGAUGCUGGAGGAAACAGGUACAAAAGUAUCUAUAUCCACAGUAAAACGAGUCCUAUAUCGACAUAACCUGAAAGGCCGCUCAGCAAGGAAGAAGCCACUGCUCCAAAACCGCCAUAAAAAAGACAGACUUCGGUUUGCAACUGCACAUGGGGACAAAGAUCGUACUUUUUGGAGAAAUAUCCUCUGGUCUGAUUAAACAAAAAUAGAACUGUUUGGCCAUAAUGACCAUCGUUAUGUUUGGAGGAAAAAGGGGAACACUUGCAAGCCGAAGAACACCAUCCCAACCGUGAAGCACGGGGGUGGCAGCAUCAUGCUGUGGGGGUGCUUUGCUGCAGGAGGGACUGGUGCACUUCACAAAAUAGAUGGCAUCAUGAGGAAGGAAAAUUAUGUGGAUAUAUUGAAGCAACAUCUCAAGACAUCAGUCAGGAAGUUAAAGCUUGGUCACAAAUGGGUCUUCCAAAUGGACAAUGACCCCAAGCAUACUUCCAAAGUUGUGGCAAAAUGGCUGAAGGACAACAAAGUCAAGAUAUUGGUGUGGCCAUCACAAAGCCCUGACCUCAAUCCUAUAGAAAAUGUGUGGGCAGAACUGAAAAAGCGUGUGCGAGCAAGGAGGCCUACGAACCUGACUCAGUUACACCAGCUCUGUCAGGAGGAAUGGGCCAAAAUUCACCCAACUUAUUGUGGGAAGCUUGUGGAAGGCUACCCGGAACGUUUGACCCAAGUUAAACAAUUUAAAGGCAAUGCUACCAAAUACUAAUUGAGUGUAUGUAAACUUCUGACCCACUGGGAAUGUGAUGAAAGAAAUAAAAGCUGAAAGAAAUAAUUCUCUAUUCACUAUUAUUCUGACAUUUCACAUUCUUAAAAUAAAGUGGUGAUCCUAACUGACCUAAGACAGGGACAUUUUACUAGGAUUAAAUGUCAGGAAUUGUGAAAAACUGAGUUUAAAUAUAUUUGGCUAAGGUGUAUGUAAACUUCCGACUUCAACUGUAGGUCUGUUGCACCUGGCAGAAAAGUGAAGUGUCACUACAGAUGAGAUGCAGUUCUUAAAGGGACAUUACACUUUCAAAUCAAAGUCUGUCAGAAGUUUUCAGACCUCUGAAGUAUUCUAAUGUCAAGAUGAAACCACAACUGAUGUCGUGGGACGUGGUUUCAUCUUGACAUCACUCAACUUUUGAGGUCUGAAAACAUAUUUAUGAGUGAAAUGUGCCUUUAAGUUCCAGUACCCUUUGCCAUCCAAUCUAACUGUCUGUGUCGCUGUGUCAGUGCGGGGAUGUCGCCCUGGGAAGAUCGUGCAGAUGUCAGAGGCUGAGGUGAGGGGCCUCUGCAUUAAGUCCAGAGAGAUCUUCCUCAGCCAGCCCAUCCUGUUGGAACUGGAGGCUCCACUCAAAAUCUGUGGUAGGUGGUGAUGAUGAUGACAAUGAUGAUGAAUCCCCACUACAUCCCCCUCCACUUUUUAACCUCAUCACAUUGAGUGUGAUUAUUAUAGCACCAUACAAUUACAUUAUUAUAGGAUAUCUAUGUCUAGCGCAUUGAGUAAAUGCUUCUCCAGGGAUUAUGAAGAUCUGUUGGUCUGCGCAGAACCUGUGUAUCUCGAACACACAUUGUUUCCCUCAUGUCCAGUUCUGCACCUGUUAUUCAUUCAUUGCCCAGACUGUUGAUGGCUAGGCUAUGGUAGUUAAGUAUCUCCUUUCUCUCCCCUCCUCCCUCUCUCAGGUGACAUCCACGGCCAGUACACAGACCUGCUGCGGCUCUUUGAGUACGGGGGCUUCCCGCCAGAGGCCAACUACCUGUUCCUGGGGGACUACGUGGACCGAGGGAAGCAGUCCCUGGAAACCAUCUGUCUACUGCUGGCCUACAAGAUCAAAUACCCCGAGAACUUCUUCCUCCUCAGGGGCAACCACGAGUGUGCCUCCAUCAACCGCAUCUAUGGCUUCUAUGAUGAGUGUGAGUAGUAUGUGUGCUUGCACAUGCUCUGCUCACAUACACACACAUACAUUUCAAUACAUUGCCUCAUGCAAUUGUUUGUGUUUUAUACAAGUAAUUGAGCCAAAUACCCCACCCCUACACACACACUAAUUAAUGUUUAUUUGGAAAAACAAAUGCAGCCAUUCAACACAGGCAGCCUCUGUUACAAGAGUAAAGUUGCUGAAUUGACAAGAUCCCAGAUGAUGUUAUAAAGUGUAUUUAAGCUUAAUCUCUCUUACUCUUUCUCCAGGUAAGCGCAGAUUCAACAUAAAGCUGUGGAAGACAUUUACUGACUGCUUCAACUGCCUUCCCAUCGCUGCCAUCGUGGACGAGAAGAUCUUCUGUUGCCAUGGAGGUACAGUACUGCUGAAGGAGCUGUCACUCAAACUCCCUGUCUCCCGAUCAUAGCGUUUUGUCUUGCUCAGCAAAUGAAUAUUAAAGUUGAUGUAGCAAACCUUUUCUCCUAACUGUCAGUCAAAUGAACACCCUAUUGAACAUCAUUAUUUUGUGCAUUACAAUAAUUAUUACAUACUAUGUAUGCAUGUAUUCAAUAUGUAUACAAUGGAAUAACAAUGCAAGCAGGCGUUGGACAUGAGUCAUGACUAUGACUAAGUGCAAAAAUAGUUAAAGACUCUGUGUAGAGCAGUCUCCUACAACAUGCUGGUUCUGGCAGGAGAACUGACCUUGAAAGUGUGUGGAAGUGUGUGGAUUUUAAACUGAUGUGUUUUGGAUGACUGUGACUGAGUGCUGUUGGCUCAGUGUCUCUGUGCUCCUCUGUCUCCUACCAGGCCUCUCUCCAGACCUGCAGUCUAUGGAGCAGAUCCGUCGCAUCAUGAGACCCACAGAUGUCCCUGACACGGGUAGGUCCACAUACACGCACACACAAUCUCCUUUCCAACUCUCCAACACUACAAAAACAUGUGCUAUUUCCUUUAGUGGAGAGUAGAGGUCAGUAUUUCCAAAGCAAAAUUUGAUUAAAUUGCCUACAGUAAAGCGUGAUCCCAGAUUAUUGUACUGUACAGUAAUUAUUUGUUAAAGUUUUUCUGAUUCUCUAAACCAGUUGACUGUUGACAUUACCAUAGAUGGGUUAUUUAAACAUUCUUUCAAAGACUGUUUUUCUGUCCAUGAUCAACCUAUUGUUAUUUCAAUACAGUAGACCUAUCUAUAGUUACAUCUUAAUAAGGUUCUGAUACUCAUUGAAUAAUUCACAGAAAACCUGGCGGAUCUGGUUCAUUUUAAAGAAGUACAUUUUGACCAAGCCUAGUAUCUGUUCAUCAGACCUUUGUAGCACACAUCUCCUUAUAUGGGCGCGAUGUGAACCACCGAGGCCAUUGUUCACUUCUCAGAUCCUGCUAUGGUUGUGUGUGUGUGUGCAUGUUCCAGGGUUGCUGUGCGACCUGCUGUGGUCGGACCCAGACAAAGACGUUCAGGGUUGGGGGGAGAACGACCGUGGGGUCUCGUUCACGUUUGGGGCUGAUGUGGUCAGCAAGUUCCUCAACCGCCACGAUCUGGACCUCAUCUGCAGAGCCCACCAGGUACAACUGAACUGACCUGUCAUUCUGAUAGAAAAAAGACACUACCCACUGGGCACAAACUGGUUGAGUCAACAUUGUUUCAACGUAUUGUGACGUGGAAUCUACGUAGAAAAUACAUUGGAUUUGAAAAAAGUAAUCAACAUAAACUGUUGUUUUGAGGGUAACAUUUCAACCACAGGAUUAUUGUAAUCAUGGUAACCAAAUUUUAACAUAGACAAACCUUCUAUAAAAUGUGUUGAAUUUGUACCGUUAAAACAAUGUCAGAUCUUCAAUGUUAUAUCCACCAUCUGAAGAAAAAAAUCAAUACGCUGGGUCAGCACCUCCUACUGAAGAAUUGAUCUAUCUACAGCUACCUUUAUCUACAGUCUCCCAUCCAGGGUUUUAACCAUGCCCAGCAUAGCUAUGAUAUUUGUCACCGACUAUUACCAAUAUGCUAUUGUGAGAGUGAUUAUUGAGCAAUCUCCACUUAAAAACUAAAUAGAUUUACUGUUGCUAUCAAAGUAAUUUCAAAGGGUAGAUUUAACAGAGCAAAUUAAAUGUGACCAUAUUUUAUCGCUUUUACCAUCAAUGAUGGCCUAUAUAGCAUUUGCAAAGUCAUCAACAGCUAUUGUUUGAAUUCAACACAGAAUUCAACUAAAAAUAGACAGUACAAUAGGCCUAGGGUUUCAAGCUCUGGUCGAUUUCAAAUGUAAUGAUAUUUAGUGAUAUUUAAUUGUGUUUGGUUGUCAACGCAACCAACUAUCAACAUUUAAAGGAGAUGUAUCUUCUGCUUAGAUACUUCCAUCUGUGCCACUGAAUUCGUCUGGCUUUAAUUCCAAUUGGUUUGCAAAUUAAUAAUUUAUCAUUUGGAUUCACGUCUCCAUCUCAACCAAAAAUAAAAGUUAAAGAAUGGGAUUAAGCCAUUUACUCAGGUGGAACUAUCCAAGCAAUAGAUACAUCUCCUUUAAAUGUUGAUAUUUGGUUGCGUUGUCAACCAAAGACAAUUCAAUAUGACUUUUGUAAUACAGUAAAUAGCCUAAAGUUAAGGCUAUUUUACAAACGUUUGUAGCAUUCAACCUUUAAAAUAAGUAACACAUCCAUGGGCACAUUUUGAGGUUACUGUACUAUAAACGUCUUCUUACAGUGGGGGAAAAAAGUAUUUAGUCAGCCACCAAUUGUGCAAGUUCUCCCACUUAAAAAGAUGAGAGAGGCCUGUAAUUUUCAUCAUAGGUACACGUCAACUAUGACAGACAAAAUGAGAUUUUUUUUUUCAGAAAAUCACAUUGUAGGAUUUUUAAUGAAUUUAUUUGCAAAUUAUGGUGGAAAAUAAGUAUUUGGUCAAUAACAAUGGCAAUGACACAGGUCAAACGUUUUCUGUAAGUCUUCACAAGGUUUUCACACACUGUUGCUGGUAUUUUGGCCCAUUCCUCCAUGCAGAUCUCCUCUAGAGCAGGGGCUGUCGCUGGGCAACACGGACUUUCAACUCCUUCCAAAGAUUUUCUAUGGGGUUGAGAUCUGGAGACUGCCUAGGCCACUCCAGGACCUUGAAAUGCUUCUUACGAAGCCAAUCCUUCGUUGCCCGGGCGGUGUGUUUGGGAUCAUUGUCAUGCUGAAAGACCCAGCCACGUUUCAUCUUCAAUGCCCUUGCUGAUGGAAGGAGGUUUUCACUCAAAAUCUCACGAUACAUGGCCCCAUUCAUUCUUUCCUUUACACGGAUCAGUCGUCCUGGUCCCUUUGCAGAAAAACAGCCCCAAAGCAUGAUGUUUCCACCCCCAUGCUUCACAGUAGGUAUGGUGUUCUUUGGAUGCAACUCAGCAUUCUUUGUCCUCCAAACACGACAAGUUGAGUUUUUUACCAAAAAGUUCUAUUUUGGUUUCAUCUGACCAUAUGACAUUCUCCCAAUCCUCUUCUGGAUCAUCCAAAUGCACUCUAGCAAACUUCAGACGGUUCUGGACAUGUACUGGCUUAAGCAGGGGGACACGUCUGGCACUGCAGGAUUUGAGUCCCUGGUGGCGUAGUGUGUUACUGAUGGUAGGCUUUGUUACUUUGGUCCCAGCUCUCUGCAGGUCAUUCACUAGGUCCCCCUGUGUGGUUCUGGGAUUUUUGCUCACCGUUCUUGUGAUCAUUUUGACCCCACGGGGUGAGAUCUAGCGUGGAGCUCCAGAUUGAGGGAGAUUAUCAGUGGUCUUGUAUGUCUUCCAUUUCCUAAUAAUUGCUCCCACAGUUGAUUUCUUCAAACCAAGCUGCUUACCUAUUGCAGAUUCAGUCUUCCCAGCCUGGUGCAGGUCUACAAUUUUGUUUCUGGUGUCCUUUGACAGCUCUUUGGUCUUGGACAUAGUGGAGUUUGGAGUGUGACUGUUUGAGGUUGUGGACAGGUGUCUUUUAUACUGAUAACAAGUUCAAACAGGUGCCAUUAAUACAGGUAACAAGUGGAGGACAGAGGAGCCUCAUAAAGAAGAAGUUACAGGUCUGUGAGAGCCAGAAAUGUUGCUUGUUUGUAGGUGACCAAAUACUUAUUUUCCACCAUAAUUUGCAAAUAAAUUCAUAAAAGAUCCUACAAUGUGAUUUUCUGGAUUUCUUUUUCUCAAUUUGUCUGUCAUAGUUGACGUGUACCUAUGAUGCAAAUUACAGGCCUCUCUCAUCUUUUUAAGUGGGAGAACUUGCACAAUUGGUGGCUGACUAAAUACUUUUUUCCCCCACUGUAUGUCAUCUUAAAAAGCGUGCAUGUUCAAGAUAGCAUACAUAGGUUAUCGCAGGUCUGUAGAGAUCUUCACAAUUGCUGUAAUAGUCUGCGCAGAAUCUUGAACGGCAUUGAUUACUUGCACCAUGUACUUUUAAUGUAAUCUCAACUGCAAUCCAGGUCAUUUGGUUCUGCUAUUAGAUGAAGUACAGUGAUGACACAUUAAUCUGUUAUCAAAUGGUUGAAAGCACAAUGAAAUACAUUUGGUUGACAACUGAACCAAAAAUCUGACACAGUUUUCCCAUUGGAAUUUGGUUGUGCUUUUUAGAUGGUUUGAAGCAUAGUGAUAACACACUGCAAAUGUAACUAACUUUUGGCUGUCUUUUUGAGUGGGUGAAUAUAGGUUGUAAACUCAUUGAUCAACAUCUCAACCAAAUAUGCCCAAUUAUCCACGUUAAAAUGACGUGUGCCCAGUGGGUAGCCUAUAGUUUAGUCUAGUCUAGGUUCUAGACUAAGGAAGUUCAUAAAUUUCAUAAUGUACUACAUUCAUGGCCAGUGACCCUUGCCCUUCCUCUUCUACCUUUCCUGUGUCUCUCCAAUGGUCUAUCUUUCCCAUAAAGGAAAGGAAAGGGGGAUAUCUAGUCAGUUGUACAACUGAAUGCAUUCAACUGAAAUGUGUCUUCCGCGUUUAACCCAACCGCUCUGAAUCAGAGAGGUGUGGAGGGCUGCCUUAAUCGACAUCCACGGCGCCCGGGGAACAGUGGGUUAACUGCCUUGCUCAGGGGCAGAACGACAGAUUUUAACUUGUCAUCUCAGGGAUUCGAUCCAGCAACCUUUCGGUUACUGGCCCAACGCUCCUACCCGCCAGGCUCAUAAACCACUCCUUAAAAAAAUACGUUUACUACAUUCACUCUUAGAUAAAGCACUCAUACACUGACAUGCACACAGACAACAGCACAUGAAAAGUAUUAUAGACCUCACUUGCUGUUGCAAUACUACAACUUAGUCAAUGUAUUUUCCAGGGCUAUCUUGACUGUGAUAUUGCAGGUCCACUGAUGUGCUGACUGUGUGUGUGCCUCCCCCAGGUGGUGGAGGAUGGCUAUGAGUUCUUUGCCAAGCGGCAGCUGGUGACUCUGUUCUCAGCUCCUAAUUACUGUGGAGAGUUUGACAACGCCGGCGGCAUGAUGAGUGUUGACGAGACCCUAAUGUGCUCCUUCCAGGUAACAGCAGUGUCAUUGGUACCUCUGACAACAGAUGUUUUCUGUCUGUAUGGAGUAUGAUUGAUGUGAAUGUAAUCAGAGACACUGACUGAGAACAUUCUCAUAAGUCCCUAAAAUGUAUCAUUCCACACAGUGAAGUUUGUACACUGUUUAAGCAAUACGCCUCUUGUCCAUUCUAUAUUGUGAUUAUAUCACUACUAUCACCGGGAUACACCUGGGGCCGAACAACAACCCUUAGGUGUGAUAUAAUCACAAAUACUGUUUAGUCUCUUAUUGUCCCUAUUGGUUUUAAUGAUUCACCAAACAUCUUAAAGAAGAAAUUGGUACAAUUAUACAGGUGGUAUAUGCCUUUGAUUGGGAUUUAGAUGUACGGCCUAAUGGUCCAUGUAUAUGUCCUUGUCCACUAUCACUGUGCAGAUCCUGAAGCCGUCUGAGAAGAAGGCCAAGUACCAGUACGGAGGGAUGAACUCCGGCCGACCCGUCACCCCGCCCCGCACAGCCGUCCCACCAAAGAAACGGUGA